UGAGUGGGGAGCAUUUUCGGUAUAAAAAGGCGACUGCGAUCCCAUGUUUAUCAUCGAGCAGCAGCAGCAUCGGUAAUACAAGCUUCACUCUUCUUCCUAAACUCCCAGUGUCAAAAUGAAGUUGCUCUUCGCAUUCGUCAUCAUUGUCAUCGCCUUGACUGUCGUCUACGGCGCCCCUGAUCCCUGGAACGAGUACAAGAUUAAACAUGGCAAAAAAUAUGGCGUAUCUGAAGAUGGCCAGCGCAAGAAAAACUUCCUCGCCAAAGAUGCACUUAUCAAGAAACACAACAGCCAGAAAAAUGUGUUGUAUCAGCUCGGACACAACCAAUUCUCCGACAUGACGGCCGCUGAAUUGGGUAAAUUUAUCGGUGCAGUUAAACCAGCCAAUAGAACUCGAUCGUUGGAGGCGAUGGUACCAGUUGAUGCGGAAGCUCGACAACUUCCCACCAGCUUGGACUACCGCGGCAACGCUUGUUUGGCGCCAGUUAAAAACCAAGGACAGUGUGGAAGCUGCUGGGCGUUCGCUGCCAUUACUCCACUCGAGUUUGCUCAUUGUAAGAAGAAUGGCUCUCUCGUCACUUUGAGCGAACAACAAUUGGUCAACUGCGACCCAUAUGACAGCGGCUGCAACGGCGGAUGGUACACCAACGCUUGGUAUUACCUACGAUACGUGGCCCUUGGAUCGGCCAGACAGUCGCUCUACACGUACACAGGCAAAAAUGAAACUUGCAAAUUCAACUCCACCAUGAUCGGAGCAAAGAUUUCGUCAUAUGGUAACCUUCCAGCGCUCAACGCCACCAAUAUGCAAGCAGUUUUGGUGAGCAAAGGUCCUCUUGCGGUUGCCAUCACCGUCGUCAAUUCUUUCUACUCAUACAAGAGUGGCGUCUACAAUGACAUCGCGUGCGACAAUAAAACUGUCAACCACGCUGUGGUCGUCGUCGGCUGGGGAACACUUAACGGAGUCAACCACUGGAUCGUCCGCAACUCGUGGGGCUCAUGGGGACAGGCGGGUUACGUCCUGAUCCAGCGCGGAGUCAACAAGUGCAGAAUUGAGCAAUAUCCCUCGACCAUUAUAUCUGUCGUUUAAAAACAACUUUUUUCUUCUUUCCCCCAUCAUCUAAACCCGUUACCGGUUCGUACAUUUUGUCAGUCCUGUACGCCCACGUAUACUCUUGAAAAUCGCAAUGAAUCAUUUCCUAUUUUGAGAGAGUGUCUGAACCCGCAAUUGGGAGAAGUGGGGUUGUUUUCUAUGGUGAAUUGGGAUUUCAAUACAUUUGGGUUACAGCAGCAA